UAUACUUAAUGGGAAAUAUAGGCAUAAUCAAAUGAACCGUAAGAAUUCUUUAAACUGAAGUAGAAUUGUGCAAACAUGUAUCGGUGAUUUUCGUUUUGAAACUGGCAAAGACUCAUCCAAUCAGAAGUUAUGCAUGCAAAUCUAUAAGCUCUGAAUAAGUGUAAAAUAAAAUGAUUUAAAGAAUUUUGUUUAAAUCUGUGCGAAUUGUCUUAAAGUGGCUUGUGAAAACCCUUUGUUGAAGCACUUUUGACGAUGAUUGACCCAAGCUCCAGCGAGGAAGAGGGAGAAGAUGAUACCGUUGUUAAUUUGCCAAGCAAAGGAGGGAGAAUUUCAUCAGUUCCACAUAAAUCUGUGGCACUUGCUGCCGGACCAUCUUCAUCGAGCACUGGAGGGGGGGCUAUACCAAUUCUCACAACUGCCCCAAAUGCCCAGAAUGGCGAUUCUACAGGAAAUCAUAGACCAUCGACAUCUGUUGCUGGAAAUGGCAACGGCGCGAUUGGUUCAUCGAAAAAUGAUCAACCCCAAUCUCAAUUCAGCACUGAAGGAGGUAAUCUUGAGGUGCCCAACAAUGGGAUUCCGAGUGGCAUUUCUCAAGAAACACUGAAUCAAAGUGUGGGAUCAUCGAGAGCUAACUCGCUGCCUCGACCACUUUCACCAUCGUCCUCUAUGGCCAGUGACAAACACGAUGCCUCCGGAGAUCCACAUGAGAAGCAUGAGCGGGAGGAAGAGGAACGCAAGAGACGCAUUCAAUUAUAUGUCUUUAUAUCGCGCUGCAUAUCGUAUCCUUUUAACGCUAAGCAACCUACGGAUAUGACAAAGAGGCAACCGAAAAUCACUAAACAGCAGUUAGAGAUAAUCACACAACGAUUUCAGGCCUUUAUGAAGGGAGAAACACAGAUAAUGGCUGAUGAAGCAUUUCAAAAUGCAGUACAAAGUUACCAUGAUGUAUUUUUAAAAUCCGAGCGAGUUUUGAAGAUGGUUCAAUCUGGAGCAUGCUCGCAGCAUGAUUUUCGGGAAGUUUUUCGCAAUAACAUUGAGAAACGCGUAAGAUCAUUGCCGGAGAUUGAUGGUCUUAGUAAGGAAACAGUGUUGACAUCGUGGAUGGCCAAAUUCGACAUUAUUCUCAAGGGCAGCGGCGAAGAAGAUACAAAGCGACCCUCGCGUAUGCAGCAGUCGCUGAAUAGUGAGCUUAUCCUGUCCAAGGAACAACUCUAUGAUAUGUUUCAACAGAUAUUAUCUGUAAAAAAGUUUGAGCAUCAAAUCUUAUUUAACGCAUUAAUGCUUGAUUCAGCAGAUGAGCAAGCAGCAGCGAUCAGACGUGAAUUAGAUGGUCGUAUGCAGCGGGUUGGAGAAAUGGAGAAAAACCGAAAACUUAUGCCAAAAUUUGUGCUAAAGGAAAUGGAGUCGCUUUACAUAGAGGAACUCAAAUCGUCCAUCAAUCUUUUGAUGGCAAAUCUCGAAUCACUUCCAGUAUCCAAGGGCAAUAUGGACAGUAAAUAUGGGCUUCAAAAAUUGAAGCGUUACAACCAUAGCACACCAUCUUUUUUAAAAAUGAUUCUACGUUCUCAUGGAUCUCUUUCGAAGCUAGAGGGUGAUUCUGAAGAUGGCACCACACAAUUGACUAAAUUGGAUGUUGUACUUACAUUUCAACUAGAAGUUAUUGUUAUGGAAGUAAAAGGUCUCAAAUCGUUGGCUCCAAAUCGAAUUGUGUAUUGUACGAUGGAGGUUGAGAAUGGUGAAAAACUGCAAACUGAUCAAGCCGAGGCCUCCAAGCCUAUGUGGGACACACAAGGUGAUUUUACAACGACUCACCCUUUGCCAGUGGUUAAAGUCAAGUUGUACACCGAAAAUCCGGGAAUGCUGGCUCUAGAGGACAAGGAGUUAGGGAAAGUAACUAUAAAGCCUUCUCCAUUAUCAUCAAAAUCACCUGAAUGGCACCGUAUGGUCGUUUCCAAAAACUUACAAGAUCAGGAUGUGCGGAUCAAGAUAGCUUGCAGACUUGAUAAGCCUCUGAAUAUGAAGCAUUGUGGAAACCUCUACGCUAUUGGAAAAUCUGUAUGGAAAAAGUGGAAACGUCGUUAUUUUGUUUUAGUCCAAGUCUCUCAAUAUACAUUCGCAAUGUGCAGUUAUAAGGAAAAGAAGUCCGAGCCGUCCGAGAUGAUGCAGUUGGAUGGAUACACGGUGGACUAUAUUGAAGCUGCCAGUGCUAAUCUCAUGUUUGGCAUCGAUUUAAACGGUGGUCGAUUCUUCUUUAACGCUGUGCGCGAAGGCGACAGCAUUGCAUUCGCCUGUGAUGACGAGAAUGAGUGCAGUCUAUGGGUAAUGGCCAUGUACAGAGCCACAGGUCAAUCACAUAAGCCCACGCCGCCUAUCACACAGGACAAGAAUUCGGCCAUGUCCAAAAUUCAAGGAGAUGCGGAUAAAGCACGAAAGCAUGGCAUGGAAGAUUAUAUAAGCGCGGAUCCGUGUACAUUUGAUCAUGCCAAUUUAUUUAAGACCCUACAAAACUUAACACUCGAAUAUAGGUUAAAUGAUCCUUACGCAUCUCUGGGAUGGUUUAGUCCAGGACAAGUAUUUGUUUUGGACGAAUAUUGCGCCCGAUACGGUGUCCGGGGAUGCUAUAGACAUUUAUGUUAUCUUUCCGACCUUUUGGAUCGCGCUGAAAAACAGUAUAUGAUUGAUCCCACUUUGAUCCAUUAUUCGUUUGCUUUCUGUGCGAGUCACGUACAUGGAAAUAGACCUGAUGGAGUUGGCAGUAUUACGCAUGAAGAAAAGGAAAAGUUUUCUGAAAUAAAAGAACGUCUGCGCCAACUUCUGGAGUUUCAAAUAACAAAUUUCAGAUAUUGCUUUCCAUUUGGUCGACCCGAAGGGGCUCUCAAGGCUACACUCUCAUUGCUAGAACGGGUCCUUAUGAAGGACAUUGUGACUCCAGUACCUCCGGAAGAGGUGCGUCAAAUGAUUAAAAAGAGCCUGGAAACCGCAGCACUUGUAAACUACACACGACUCUCUGCUGAAGCUAAAAUUGAAGAGGAUUUACGUGGGGAAAUGAUUGUGCCACCACCCAAAAAACUUGAGGAUCUUAUUCACCUGGCCGAACUUUGUGUUGAUUUGUUACAGCAGAAUGAGGAACACUACGGCGAGCUGCGCAAACAUGAUAAAAAGGAUAAGGUUAAGGCAAUAAAGGAAGGCGGAGACGAUACUGAUAUCACUUCUGCCUCAGCCUCUGCUUCUGGUCAGGGAUCCAUGGACCAAGUACCGUCAAUGUCAAAGGGUCAAUUGAAUGCUGGCGCAGUCGGUGCUAGUGUCGGACCGCCUCCGUUCCGAUACUGUAUGCCCACACAUGCGGUGUACACACCGCCAGUACCAACGGCAUUUGCUUGGUUCAGCGAUCUUCUGGUUGAACAUGCUGAGAUAUUUUGGUCUCUUUUCGCAGUUGACAUGGAUCGGGUAUUGUCUGAGCAAGCACCAGAUACAUGGGACUCUUUUCCCUUAUUCCAAAUUCUUAACGAUUAUUUAAGAUCUGAUGAUAACUUGCGAAAUGGGCGGUUUCACCAGCACUUGCGAGAUACUUUUGCCCCAUUGGUGGUACGGUACGUGGAUCUUAUGGAAUCCUCAAUAGCACAAUCGAUUCAUAAGGGAUUUGAAAAAGAGCGCUGGGAAAGCAAAGGGAUUAACGCCGCGUUGAACCCAGCCGCAUUAAACAAUGCAGCCCAGGCAUUAAACACGGCAGCUCUCAACCCGGCGGCACUGCUAAGCGGCAAGAAAGAUCAGGUCAAUUUCUAUGUGCCGAAACUACCAAGGGGCACUGCUGCCGGUGCUGAUGAAAUGAGAAAUGGCUGUGCGACUUCAGAAGAUCUAUUCUGGAAACUGGACGCAUUGCAAUCGUUCAUCAGAGAUCUGCACUGGCCAGACGCCGAAUUCCGUCAGCAUUUGGAACAGAGAUUGAAGAUGAUGGCUGUGGAUAUGAUUGAACAGUGUAUACAGCGAACGGACUCAUCGUUUCAGUCUUGGCUUAAGAAAAAUGUUGCCUUUAUUUCGACUGACUAUAUAAUACCGUCGGAGAUGUGCGCUAUGGUAAAUGUGAUAUUAGAUGCUAAAAAUCAAAGCUUUAAAUUAACGACCAUCGAUGGUAUCGAUCUUUACAAAUUCCAUGCGAAAAUCGAUGAUCAAAUCGACAAAGCGAAUGUAGCGAUGACACAAGGUCUAAGUGGCAAACUUAUGUCAGUGCUAGAGUCGACUUUGUCGAAAUUGGCGCGUUAUGAUGAGGGUAGUCUGAUUGGCUCGAUCCUCAGUUUUACGAACGUGUCGAGCUCAGGGAAGGAUCUCGGUCAGGGCUAUGUGAAUUUCUUUCGCAACAAUAUGGAUCAAAUACGUGGUAAAAUUGGUGAUGAUCUCUGGACUCUGAACUUCUUCGAGCAGUGGUAUUCUCAGCAAGUAAAUAUGUUAUCAAAUUGGCUGUCAGAGCGAAUGGAUCACGCCCUACACUAUGCCCAGGUCACGUCCAUCUCGCACAUCGUUAAGAAAAUCUAUUCGGACUUUGAGCUGCAGGGUGUUCUGGAGGACAAGCUUAAUUCAAAAGCAUAUCAAACUGUGGCACAGAGGAUGACAGCUGAGGAGGCAACCUGUGCGCUAUCAAUGCCCGAUGUGGCUGAGGGGGAUGAAAACUGUGACGAUGUACAUAAUGGGGACGUGGAUGAUGCUGGUGAUGAAUCCGGCACCCAUGCAUCGCGGAGCCUGCCAAAGCCAAAAAUCGCAGUCCAAGCUGCUCAGGCAGCGGCUGUCACCAACGUUGUCGCUGGCCGUGUUGGCAAUUUGCUUGGUAAAGGCAUUGGUGGACUUAGCUCAAAGCUAGGAACUGGCGGAUGGUUUUGAAAAUUGGCAAUAUUCUGGAGUUUCUGGAUUUAAUCGUAUCUGUAUCCAUCGUAUACUGACGUCCAGCAUCUAAUACUAGCUUCGUAGCUUUUCUGAGCCAAGUCCACAGACGCAUGAUAGCUUAUUUAACCCCAAUACUUAAUGGAUAGAUUAAAUACAAAGAUAAACUUACACACACACAAAUCCACACACACCACACACUUAUUGGAAAUUGUAUGUAUAGAGUAGAGUCUUUAAACAACAUUCCAAUAUUAAAUUAAUUAUAUAUAAUCAGAAUUAUGAAAAGCGUUUUAGCAGAAAUAAACACAAAUAUAUAAAUUGAUUUACUAUAAUGUAAAAACCAAUCAUGUACAUUUGAAACGACGAUAGUUCUUCUUACUGAUAAAAACACUUAUAUAUCUGUAAAACUUAAAAUUAGUUUUCACAUAAUUUAAUGUCAAGUUGAAGCAUUCAAUAUUUACAUAUGCAUUACAUUAUUACCUCUUGAAUAUAUACUAAAUAUUUAAAUUAAUUAAUUCUGCUUAUAUGCCUAUUUCUUCAUCAACGCAAUUGAGUAAAUUGACACUGUGCUAGGGCGAUAAUUAAAAUUGGAAAACUAUAUGGUAAUAUUGCUUUGAUUUUGUUUGUUGUCAAAUUUAAGUUCAACGAUCCUUGGAAAAUUAUUUGCAAUUGAUGAGAGUACACUUGUUUCGAAUACUCAGUUAUUCUAUUUUCUGAUCAAAAGUAAUUAUUGCUAUGCUUUUGCCUUAUUCUAACGAUUUAACUCUGAAAUUCUUCUUUAUCAGAUUUCCUAUUAUUUAAAAAAGAUUUUGUAUUUGUGUAAUAUGUGUAUUUUUAUAUAUUAUGAAUACUUCAAUUAAUCAUUUAUUUCUACUGUAAACUAAUAAAUAAAAUAAUGUUAAAGGCUACAUAUCUCUCAGAUUUAUUCCAAUAUAAUUUGUAUUCUACUGGUUUUGUCGUGCUUGGAAACAAAACGAAAUCAUUUGUAACCACGUUAAACCGUUCUAUAGUAGAAAGACAAAAUUGUAUUCAAAGCUUAAGCUCUAA